AUUUCAUCAAUCGUCCAAAAAGCAAUGCACAGCAAGCUGCCGGAUCGCAAGCUACGCAGGGGAUUAUGGUCAUCAAUUCCGGAGGAAGGUUCUGAACAGCAUGCCUUAUGGCACCGCAACCAGCUAGAAUCCCCACUCCUCCGCUUGCCCCCCGAGAUCCGCAACCGCAUCUACGAGUUCCUCCUCGCCGUCGGCCAGGUCAACGUCCAGUACAAGCCGUGGCAGCACCGGCGCCGGACCAGGGGUGGCCAGACCUACCACGAGGCUAUCCGCGGCGGCUUCUGGUGCCGCGUCCUGCGCCCGAGGCAGAACCCCUGGAGCGGCGAUGGCUACUCCUCCCAGGGCGGCGGCGCAGAGCGCGGCAUGACGCUGCUGUCGCCGGUCUGCCGGCAGCUGUACCACGAGACAGCCCUGCUGCCGUACAAGCUGAACGCCUGGUCGUUUGAGAACAAAUACGUCAUGGAACGCUACGUGCUGAAGGAGAAGAGGCUGCCGCUGCCGCAGAGACGGGCCAUAAAUACCCUCUAUGUCAACGGCACCUUGUCGAAGUCGUUGGAGAAGUUCUUUGGUGGUCUGAAGGUGAUUGUUUGGAAAGAGGGGACGAAGUUGAGGAGAGAGGUUCUGGAAUCAAGCCAGGUGGCCGAGAGGCAGGCGAGAGCGAUGCAGAGGGAAAUCGUGAUAUCACCAUCGCGGUAACAUCUGGCCUCGCUAAAGUCCGAACCCGAGCCAAUGUCCAGACACAUGGGGCACUGACACCAAGGGCCAGUGUGUUGUCUGGUCCCAGUGAGCAAGUACAGUGCCUCGCAUCGGUGGCGCGCGGCUGGUCCGCACAUUGUCGCCGACACUCUGGCUGGACCAGUAGAUGGGGAUUGAUGGACCCUCGCCUUCAAGGCGAUAUCAAUAUCAAGGGAGGGGUAGCUUCUAAACAAGCAUAAUCCCACUGAUCGACCCGGUUCUGGAAUGUU